UCUCAUUUCCUCUGAUCUGUCAUAUGCCUAUGACACUAUGACUAUGAUCAUGUACUACACUGUAAACGUAGUCUAGAUGGAGUUACUUGUGUAGUGAAUACAGUAAGUUUUGAGGUUAUAGCAAGUUUCAGUAAGGACAACAUUGCUAGUGUUAUCGUAAUAUAGCAUUAUUUAGGUAAAGAAUCGUCCUCUUAUUCGGACGUAAAACAGACUUCUUAAAUAAAUUAUGUGAGCAAUUAGAGCUCGCUUAUUAAUUCUAUGUCGAUGAUAUGUCGGCUUCAAACAACGUUAAAACAAUGCAAGUGUACAGAUUGGCCUACCUGGCCGUCUGACAAAUAUGAAUUUAUGGCAUAAUUUCAUCUUUAAUAAUCGAUCAUGGUCAAGGAAAAACCAAACUCAAUUCGUAUUUACGAUUCAGAAGGUUAUAGACGUAGAGCUGCAUGUAUCUGCGUCAAAAACGAUCUGGAAGAUGAGGUACUCUUGGUUACAUCCAGUCGAAGACCUGAUAGUUGGAUAGUACCUGGUGGGGGUGUUGAACCAGAAGAAGAACCUGCAGUAACAGCAUUAAGAGAAGUUCGAGAAGAGGCUGGUGUUUUAGGACAAUUAGGCAGAUGUCUUGGCAUAUUCGAGAAUGUGGAACAUAAACAUAGAACACAAGUAUGGGUUAUGCAGGUAACCGAAGAGCUGCCAGAAUGGGAAGAUUCACGUGCUAUUGGUCGAAAGCGAAAGUGGUUCUCUAUACCAGAGGCCUUGCUUCAGCUUGCUCAGCACAAGCCCGUCCAGCGUUCUUAUAUACACAGCCUCCACAAUACUAAUCCUCGACAUAAUCCCAAUAUUUCACCAUCUCAUCAUUCACAUACCACUGUAACAUCUAUUCAGCUAAUGAAUAAUUCUAGUAACAAUCCUCACCUUAACAAACACAGCUAAUAUUAAAUACCAUCCAUUUGCGUGAAUAAUUGCUAUCAAGCGUUAGAUAUUUGUUGCUGCUCCUUUCCUUUCGUACAGUUACAGCAAUUACUAUAUAUAAAGUUGUAUUUUAUAUGUAAAAUGACACCAUUUGUAUAUUCUCCUUUCCUUUUCUUUUUUCAUUCUUCUCUGUUUGUUAUUUGUAGUACAAUUGCAGUGGAUCUUGUUAUUAUAACUACUAGUACUACUAUUAUACAAUUACUACCAUUAUUACUAUUACUACUACUACUAUUGUCAUUGAUACUGCUAUUCUACUAUUAAUACUACUAUUAUUACAAAUACUAUUAUUAUUAUCAUAAUAGCAAUCAUUAUUAUUAUUAUUAUUAUUAUUAUCAUUGUCUUUGCUAUUAUCGACGUUAUACUUAUUCACAUAAAUUAGUUAAUAAACUGGUCCAUAAAGGAGCAGUUUCUUCAAUUUAGUUCUCAUUUUUGUCAUAAUUUUGUGGGGAAAAUAAUGCUUAUACUUCAUAUAUAAAUAAGCACAUAAUUUUCAUACGUAAAGUGGAUGGUGUUUUAUGCAAAAGGGAAGAAAUUCCACAAUUAGAAUAUUUCUCUCAUGUUGUUUAAAUAUAUUCAAAGAAUAUUAUAAAUAUCAUAAUGAAACAUAUCUGUAUCUGAACAGUUUGUUUUGAAAAAGAGUUUUGUUGAUAUGUGAUAAGAAUAACAAUUUAAAUUUGUUUAUAUGACAAUUAUAACAUUUUACAUACUAUGGUCACUAUAUUAGUUUACAAACUGAAUUGUUUCCAGAAUUACACUAGGGAUUGUUUAGAAUAUAUGUUUAAAGAAAGUAAAAUUUUUCUCUAUAUAAAUCAUUAAAAAAGGCUAAUAUGAAAAUUAUUUGAUGUAAAACGAAAUAUAAAUACGUGGGUACAUUACAAA